CCAAGACGAACAUGUGCAACGGUCUCUUCUCUCCAAGCAUCUUGCCUCGUGCGUGAAAUAAAUUAAUCUACGAUAAUUUUGGACGGUGUUUUACUUUACGAGUAUUAUCUCAGUUUUGAUAUUGCAGUUACAACGCAAGUGCGAGGCAAAUAUAUUGUGACCCGCAUAUUACGAUAAUUGGAGGUAUUGGUAUUGUCAAAAUAAUAAACAGACAUCAACCAUCGAGUUCAAACCAAGCAGUGUUCAUUUACACGUGCAUUUAAUACUCUGUCCCACUGUCGUCUGGGGAAAUAUCAUCUUCAGCAAUUAUCUGUAUUCUAAUAUAACAAUGAGUGGUCUCAGUACGUACGAAAAGCAACGAUUGAAAAACAUUGAAUACAAUAAAAGCGUCUUGCGAAGUCUUGAAAUACCUGGUUUGAUUGGCAGUCCAGUGCCACCGAGACGUGUUGUUGCUAAAAAGCCCCGUGGGAUCAAAAGAAAAAGAAAUAAUGACAAGAACAACAACAACAACAAUGAAAACACAAAAAGCCUGUCAAAUCUUACGAUAGACCGAAAGUUUAAUGGCUACAUGACAAGGUCAAAGAGAUCACGUCUAGCUGACAUAGAGAAUGGGAAUAUUGAAGACCUUGAAGACGGAACUUUAAUCGAGAAAGAUCGUAUUUAUGAGAAACCAAAACCCAGAUAUUCUGAGAAUUGUUUUGGCCAAAUACCAGAUAUUCCUGUCGGUACUGUUUGGCAUUCGCGCAUGGAUUGUUCGCGCUCUGGUGUUCAUAGGGCUUCUGUUGCUGGUAUUCAUGGUAACGAGCGGGAAGGGUGUUACUCGAUUGCGCUUUCCGGGGGGUAUGAGGACGACGUGGAUUAUGGCGAAUGCUUCACGUACACUGGAGAAGGAGGGAGAGACCUGAAAGGGACAAAAGCUAAUCCGAAGAAUUUGCGAACAGCGGAACAGUCAAAAAAUCAGGUUUUAAAGAAAGGUAACCUCGCGCUGAGCAGGAACACCACGAAUGGUAGACCUGUGCGUGUUGUCAGAGGAUUCAAACUGAACAGUCCUUACGCGCCUGAUGAGGGAUACCGUUAUGAUGGUCUGUAUACUGUAGAAAAAUACUGGGAAGCUGUCGGAUUACGCGGGUUCAUGGUGUAUAAAUUUGCGUUCAAAAGAUGUCCAGAUCAAGCGCCACCACCUUGGCUUGCUGAAUCACAGGAAUGCUCAACCGAUGUCGAUGAAAUCCAUUCAAAUGAAGUUCCCGAAUCAAGUACGUGAUGAAACCAUCAGAUAUAAAAAACGCUUUUGUUUUGCGAAGAAGAAAACUAUUAUUGGACUACUACAAUUGAAGUUUACAAGAGAGAAUAAGAAAUCACAUUCAUUAUCAACUGUUAUAUUAUUUUAAAUUGUUCAUAUUUUUUUAAAGUAUACAUCAUAAUGUAUUGAAAAAGCUUUUUACAUUUUGGGAAGUUGUUGUUCAUGCAAUAUGUUAUCUAUAUCUAAGAAAUACAUUUAUG